UUCAUUUAUCAAGCGGCGUCUGAACAGUCGGUUAACUUGAUUCGUCGCGUUCGCGAGUUGGCUGUCCGACAAGUGUGAGUUUUGCUUUUUAGCCAAAUAUCGGUGUGACACAAAGUGCAAAAAUAAUGACAUACUCAAGAAGACAAACAAGCCAGCAGCGGUUCCAAUGAAAAAGUCUCGAGUAAACAACAAUCAACAAAUCAACUGGACAAAUAAUUAAAAAACGGAAACGUCGCCACAAAUUGUUAAGUCCCUUGGCUUUUAUUGCGUUACGCGGUGAUAUUGUGAUUAAGUUUAAAAUGCCGAUGCUGCCUACAAUUGAGGAAGAGGCCAAGUUGUCCUGGAUCCGGCUAAUGUGGAAAUACCGCCUUCAGUUCCAGUCCAUGGCCUCUGCGUCGAUUGUUUUCGUGGGCUGUGGAAUGCGUUUGGCCUGGUCAAUUUUUGAUACACCUGCUGGCAAAUUCUUAAACAACCACAAUACCCACAAUCUGAUGAUGAGCUGGUUUAUUGGAGCAGCAUUGGGUGCCCUUUUGGCAGCCCUAUUCGUUCAGCGUGUCACCAAAAAUGUGGCAUAUACCUCCAGUGGCUUCCUGAUGAUUAUAGCUGGCAUUCUGAAUGUAGUUCUUCCCCAGCAUUUUCUGGCCGCCUGUUACAGUAGCGUCAGUGUGGGUGCAGCCUAUGGCCUAACCCAGAUUCAGGCACUGGUCACCGGAUCCGAGGUGGCCCACAAAUCGAUUCGAGGAAUGCUCCUCAGCUGUGAGAAGAUAUUCCUGUGGCUGGGGGUCUGCAUGCAGGUGUUCUACACUCGCGUGUGGCACAAUUUGAGGCCACUGGAUACGCAAGGAUACGAGAUGCACAUUGAUCAGUUGCAUGGAAUGGCGUUGGCUGGCCUGGGGCUGGGAGCUGUUAUCCUGGCACUAGCCCAUCGCUUGGAGUCACCAAUACUUCUGCUGCAUCAGGAACGAGAUAUGGCUGUGGGUGAGACCCUGAAAGCUCUACACGGACAAUCCACCACCGAGUUGGUAAGAUUGCGGGAAGACUGCCGGCAACUCCACAGCGCUCGAGAUUGGGAGCGUUUUGUUGAGGAGCCGGAAGAAUCGGUGGCCGAUUGGAGAGUCUGGGCCCGACGUGUUCUGCCCUUUUUCAAGGUCCUGCUACUCAGAUGCUUUGCCACCCUGGCCGUGUCCUUGAGCUAUAAUCGAGCAUUUAUGGUCGUCAGUUGGCAUGGCCUCGAAUGCGAUAUGAACUGCAUGUACUGGCUGGCAUUCGCUGGCCUUAUGGGCAGUGUCCUGGGAGCCUUCGUAGUGGAUUGGCAGGGUCGCAGGAAACUGUGUUCCUUAUCCCUUUUCCUGGCCGGCGUUGUCAUCGUGAUGGUGGGUGGAGUGUUCGAUCACUUAGAAUCUGUUAAGAGAUCCUUCUAUGACAUUAAUUUACUGGUCAUUGCCCUUCUUAUGCUGCUCUUCGAAGUGAUAGUAGCUGGGGGCGUGGCUGUGCCCGCCCUAGUCUACACAGCCGAAGCCUUUAGCAUCGCUCACAAGGCAAGAUGCUUAGCUGGCAUCCUAAUCCUAGAGCAAUUGCUCCAGUUGGGUCUGCUUUUGGCCACCUUUGAGCACUACAUCACCGUCUCUGUGUUCUUUUUCACGAUCGGUGUUUUUAGUUUUAUUGUCGGUUUGGCCGUAUUUAUGUUUAUGCCAGAAACCAGGCAACUGACACUCUACGAGUGCCUGUUGAAGUUCAAGAAAGUUCCUUAAAGCGCCGACGUAUCUUUAAGUGCUAAGUAUCUGUUAUCUGUACCUAUUUGUAUCUGUAUCUAUUUUUAAAUACUAUAUAUUAUAUUCAUUCGAGUGAUUGCUCGUGUGCA